UCCAGUUGUGUAGCCGGAAGUACUGGGAGAACAAAAAUAAAACGAGAAGGAAGUGAAGAAAUUGAGUUAAAACGAACGCUAAGAAGAUUCUUGGAGACCCCUUGACAACUAAGUAGUUUUUUUUAUUAAUUUCAGCAGCGGCAGAGUGCCUACAAACAUGUCAAGUAUGGACAAACAUCUGUUCAACCUGAAGUUUGCUGCCAAGGAGCUGCAAAGAAGCUCGAAAAAAUGUGACAAAGAGGAAAAAGUAGAAAAGGCUAAAGUCAAGAAGGCUAUUCAGAAGGGGAACAUGGAAGUGGCGCGGAUACACGCAGAAAACGCUAUUCGGCAGAAGAACCAGUCCGUCAACUUCCUGAGGAUGAGCGCUCGCGUGGACGCGGUGGCGGCCAGGGUUCAGACUGCUGUCACCAUGAACAAGGUCACCAAGUCGAUGGCUGGGGUGGUGAAAGGAAUGGACGCUGCGUUGAAGAGCAUGAACCUGGAGAAGAUCUCGGCCCUCAUGGACAAGUUCGAGCACCAGUUUGAGACUCUGGACGUGCAGACUGCGCAGAUGGACGACACCAUGAGCAGCACAACCACACUCACCACCCCGCAGAACCAGGUAGACACCCUGAUGCAGGAGAUGGCAGAUGAAACUGGGUUGGAUCUGAAUAUGGAGCUUCCGCAGGGUCAAACAGGGUCAAUCAGCACCAGCGUGGCAUCUGCCGAGCAGGAUGAGCUGUCCCAGAGACUGGCCAAACUCCGAGACCAGGUGUAGAGGAAGGGGGUGCGAGGGACCGCAACGUGCCUGAAGGGAGGAGAAGGUCUGGACUGCGUGCACGCUGAGUAACCUGGAACACGGAUUACAGACCUCACUCUCUCUCUUUCCCUCUCCCUCUCCCUCUUCCUCUCCCUCUCCCUCUCCAUCUCGUCUAGCUCUGUGUCUCUGCCCCCUAAACUCUGCCUCUAAACCGCUCUCCCUCCCUAAGGGAUGAGCUCUGUUCUCUCUUCACUGGCUCCUGUUGGGCUCAUCGAUCCUUCGUUGGUUAUCAUGCUGUACUUGUGGUGCAAGAGGCCGCACUGCAGAAGAACACUAAGAAGCGCUCAUUCAUGGAAAAAAUGUGUGUGUAAAUAUAUAAAUAUGCGUGGGAAGAGUGACAGCAUUGCCAGCUGCCUGUCUUUGUUCAUUUGUUUGUUUAGCUUAUUCAGCACGCGUUUGACAGAGGGCUCUGUCAUUCCUACACUAAACUGUCUCUGGAGGUCAGGGACAGGGUCCACAGACCCAUAUGAGUAGCAGGGUAAGGCAUUCAAAUAGACGAGUGUCAAAGUAAGACGGCCGGGGGGGAAGAGCCUGACAGGAGCUCCUCUGAUGUUAAUUCCCUACCCGUCACCCCUCUCUCCACCCUUUAGUGUUCAGCAGCAUCGUGUUUCCGAUGCAUGGUCCAGGACAGCCCUGACAUCAUGUCUUCUCCCCAACCCCCC